AUGCAGUUGGCCCAGGGUAAUGAAAUAAAUGAUGAUCUCACAAUGAUAGCACGCGGCGGUGCUCAGCAGCAGUAUUCCAGUAGUCGUAGCAGAAGCAGUGGUGCACCUGGCGCCGGUAAUUACAACUUGAAUGACCCUUUGUGGACCGAUAUGUGAAUCGUGCAGUAUACGAUCGUGGAUUGGACCACAAUGUGCGUGAAGCAUGGGACCUCGGUUAUACGGGAAAGGGAGUUGUUGUAA